UCUUUCCCUAUUUCGGUACACCUUGUCACUGCUUCCUUGCCACAGGUCUCUCUGUCUCUCGGUCUGUACCAUCAAGCAUCGAACAGCUUCAAAAUGCAGUCUUUCGUCGUAUUCUUGACCGUCCUCGUCGGGACUGCUCUCGCCAACCCGAUGGUUGUCACGUCCGACGACCUGAAGCAACAGAACAGGGAAAUCUCGUCCAAGGAAUACCUGAAACGAGUCUUUCAGGGCUCUGACGUUGCUUUUGUCGGAAAAGAGAGCCAGGACAUCGUCGAGAAGCUUAACGACAUGGGACUUCGUAAGGCAGCGGCCAUCGCCCUGCAGGUCGAUCUGAGGUCGAUCAUUAGAGACAGCGAUGUUUCAUCCGUCACUCUGUGCAUGCCCAGUGACAAGGCUGUCCAGAAGUGGAGGCAGGAACUCCCCGAAAGCCUGAGACCGGACAAGGAGGAGUCUUUGAAGAACCUGGUCAAGGCUUGGAUUAUUUCCGAAAGGAUCGGAUCAACGGAGAUCAGAGACAACCAGAAGGUUCAGAGCUUGAAUGGCGCCAAGCUGAGAUUCAACAUCUACCGUGAUGACGUCAAGAAGGUGCUUACUGUUAAUGGUGCUCCCAUUGUUGACGCCGAUGUAACAUUCGCCAAAGGACUAAUCCAGGUAGUCGACAAGGUUAUAUAUCCACUUCCGUUUGGUGACGUCAUCGAGACCUUGGGAGAUAACUUCGUCUUCUCCGUCUUCAUCAAUUUCGUGCGCCAAGCCGACCUCGUAAAUGAACUCGAAUCGGACCCCAUCACAGUUCUUGUACCAACCAUUGACGCCUUCAUGGAGCUCCCAAUGGAUGUAGUCAACGACCUCGAUCGCGAUAGCGAAAAACUUCGCAACGUGCUCAGAUACCACGUGAUCUCUGACGUCAGAUAUUCUGCCUCCUUGUCGUCUGGACAACGCAUCCAAGCUUCAAAUGGACAGGAUGUUUUCAUCACCCGCGACAAUGAUGAUCAAAUUUUCCUGAACACACUGGCUGAUCUGUCCAAAACGGCAAAAGUGAUCGAGCGUGAUAUCCCCACCACCAACGGAGUCAUCCAUGUUGUCGACCAAGUCCUUCUCCCGCCUCAAAGACACUUCAUUCUCGUUUAACCCGACCUGACAACAUACUACAGGACUGUACACCUGUAUAAUUAAGUACAUUCAUGAUCCCAAUAUGAUUUAAAUAAACGUAUUUUCAUUCUGUAUUCAAAUGGCAGAAAUAAAACUCAUUUCUAUAUUGCAAAACCAA